AUGGCCGGGUCUCCUGCAUUGCUCCUUCUGCUCGCUCUGGGGCUCUGCUGCCCUGGGAUCCAUGGUCGGAAGUACGAGAUGAGGGUCAGUUUUCACGAUGCCAGCACCACGCAUCCCCGGCUGGGACAGCGGCUGGAGCUGAAGUGUCAGACCAACAAAGAGGACAGCGGCAUAUUCUGGAUCCGCCAGAACAAGGAUGGGACCCUUCACUUCAUCGUCUUCAUGUCUUCCCUGUCCCGGACCACCUUCAAGGGGAAUGAGAGGACAUCCACACGCUUCGAGGCGAGGAAAGACAGGAGCAUCUACUGGUUGGUAGUGAAGUCUUUCACGCCACAAGACGAGGGGAACUAUUUCUGCCUCAUGAACAGCAACCAAGUGUUGUACUUCAGCCCUGGCCAACCUGCCUUCUUCCCAGUCACCACCGUCGCAGCACCCACCACACCGAGACCCACCACCCAGCAUGGCAUCACCAAAAAGGACCCCUGCCUGAAGACCCCGGAUCGAGAGACCAGCAACGAGAAAGAGCUGAAUUUCUUCUGUGACAUCUUCAUCUGGGUUCCCUUGACAGGGGCCUGCCUCCUGCUCCUCAUCAUCUUGGUGGUCACCAUCAUGCUGUGUCAAAAAACGAGAAGACGAAGAUGCAGAUGUAAAAGACCCGUGAAUGGGAAGCCCAAUGUGAAACCCGGCAUGCCGAGCCGACACGUAUAA